AUGGCACGCCGCCAUCCGACCGCCGCCCGACGACCACCGAAGAAAUCACAGCUUCCUUCCCACAUCAACAACCUAGACGACGACCUAAUCCUCGAAAUCCUAACCCGCCUCCCAAACCCUAGAUCCGUAUUCCGCUGCCGAUCCGUCUGCAAGCGGUGGAAUUCCCUCAUCUCCGCUCCUCCCUUCCGCCCCGAAUUCCUCCGCCGCAUAGCAACUCGCGGCGGCGAAGACGAAUUCCCCCUCGUCUUCCCGCAAUCUCAGCCGGAAACCCUCGAUUUCCUCCCGAUCCCAGCCGACUACCGCCACCAAUUCCGCGUCCUGGCGUCCUGCGACGACCUAAUCCUUUGUGGGCUAGCGACGCACGACGUCGCCGUCGGGAAUUUGUUCUACGUCGGCAACCCUUUCACGAACCAAUGGGUCAUCCUCCCGCUGGCCCCCUACACCGGUCGAACCGAACCACUCCACAGCGACGACAGAAUCAUGGUGGGUUUCGUCUGCCAGCCCUGCUACAGCUACUGCGAUUUCAAAGACCAGGUCUUGAUCGACUCCCAAUUCAAAUUCAGGGUCGUCCUCCUGUACAAAACCGGAGGCGAUUACCGGUGCGAAGUGUUCUGCUCCGAAUUGGGCCGGUGGGUGGACCGGGUCGACAAUUUCGAAGUUGGGUAUGAACAUUAUGUAACCCCUGGCUACCACAUUACUCUGCCCUGCUUCAACGGGAAACUCUACUGGAAGUGCGAGGAUUCGCGUGAAUUGGUCGGUUACGAUCCGUUCGACAUCAAUGGAGAACCGGAAACCAUCGAUUACUACUCCGAAUUCUAUUCGCGUUCCCCCCAAUUGGUCAGUCUACUCGACAUUGGGGUCUCACAGGGUGCUCUGCAUCUGAUUGUGCUGGAAGACGCCGCGGAGGAUGAUUUUUCCAUCGAUGGAUUGAGCGUCUGGAGCCUGGACGAUAGGAAGGCUUGGCAGCUGGAGAAUCGGGUGUCGUUGAAAUCGAUUUGGGCGCGAUUCGAAUUUCCAAAGAAGACGAGUAGGAGAGGGUUGAUGAAUGGUUUGGAGGUAAAGGGGAUAUUGGGUAUCCACCCAUCGAAGCCAGAGAUCGUGUACUUGGCGUAUGGCAAUUUCGGUGCCUGUUACGCUGUUUCGUGCAACUUGAAGAGUGAGGAGCUCGAGCUUUGCGGCGGUUUACCGGUGGAGUCGACGUUCCGGUGGAAUGUGUUUCAGCCGGAGGUCCGGUUCUGGCCGACCCCGAUCCCGGUUCCAACCUAUGACCGUGUGGGUUUUUUUAGUGACGAGGAUGGUACCACUGAUAGUGUUGUGGCCCAUAGCAGCUUGGUUGAACCGUCACAUUCCAAGAGCCGGAAGAGGAAGCGGGCAGCAGCUGCGCUAUCAUCGGUUCAACCCAAAAGGAGAUGUGGAAGUUCAGGAAAGAAGAGGUUAGUGCUGUGUCAAUACAGCACUAAUUGA